AUGUCUGAAGUUCAUCCACGUAUCCCCUAUACCCCUCGUGGCGGCGGUGGUAGGGGUGCUAGUCGGGGCGGCCGUAGCGGUUCUACUGGCACCCGGGGCGGAUCAGCCCGUUCAGUCCGUAACUUAAAUGGCGACAUCAAUACACCUUACAGCAACGAAGAUGAAGGUCAAUUGAAGACGAAAUACCCCAAAGCACUGUUACAACUGGAAGAGAUGUUCGAGAACCAGGCUUCUGAAGACCUCAUCUCCAUUCUAGAAGAGUGCGAUGGUGAUCCUAAUAUUGCAGCAGAUAGGCUAGCUGAGGGUCGGGCCCGCCAGUGGGUGGUACAGGGGGGCCAUAAACCUCGUCCUAGCCCCAAGCCUAAGGCUUACGACCGCGCAUCAACUGGAGCUGCCACUGAUUCUGGUCGUGGUCCUCGUGCGAGGGGCAACUCUGAGGCUGGCCGCUCUCGUGGCCGAGUAACAGGGCCGGAGAACCGCAAUAACCCAAGCCGUGCACGCCCCGGACCCCCCCCUCCAAACGGUGUCGCACGUCAACCCGAAGACUUGGGCGGGUGGUCUGCCGUUGGGGAGACUGUUCCGACAACUGAAGCUGAGAGCACAGGGGACGCAAAGAAGAAGCCCGAUUCCAGUGUAACUUCACCUCCAACAACCACUAAAGCUGCCCCAUGGACCAGCCUUUUCAAACCUGCUCCUACUCCUGCACCGGUACCGAAAAGGGUCCCCAAACCAGUUUCUCUUCCACCUGCGCCUACUCCUGCGCCUGAAACAAAAGCUGCUCCAGAACCAAAAGUGCCCGAAUCUAAUGUCGAAGCUGUCCCACCUCAAGAGCCCACAACUGAGCCGCUUGCCGAACCUUCUGCGCCUCAAGUCGAAGCUCCAGUUAUCACUCCCGUCGCAGAGCCAGACCCAGAGCCAGAAGUAAAACCCGAGGUCCCCUCGGUGGUCCCUGCAGUUCCACCAAUUCCAGUAACCUUAGUAACGCCAGCAGUUCCAGUAGCUCCUGCGGUCCCAGCUACACCAGCAGCUUCAGAAAGCCCAGUGGCUCCCAUAGCUCCCGAAGCUCCCGCAGCUCCCGCAGCUCCAGAAACACCAGUAGCUCCAGAAACCCCCGAAGUUAUUGAGACUAUCCCCUCCCCCCAGCCUCAACAGCCACUUACAGAAGACAAUUUGGAAAAAAUUGAGGAUGUUGCCCCACCUGCUCCAACAGGUACCCAGGCAAGCACAAUCGCGUCACCUGCGCCUACUCCUAGUGCUAUUGGUGUCAGCAUUGCACCCCCACCCACCCAGCCCGUAGCAACAACACCUAGGACUGCGUAUGCCGUGGCUAUACCGAAAAACACCCCAAGAUCAAAGUACCGGACCUUAACACAACAGGAACCUGUCAUUAUGCCCAGUCCUAUAACUCAUAACGCAGUAGAGCACCCAACCCUUCAAUUCGGCAGUAUGGGUCUUGGUGAUGAAGAUGGCGAUGAAGCUGAGCCAGUCGAGACUGUGUCGCAACCUGAGCAGCCGUCUCAAAUUGCUCAGCCAAUUUCUGCACUUCCUCCGACUGGCCCUGCCCAGGCUCCAGUCUCUCAGCCACCCGUUACGGAUGCACUUCCCACCCCUCGACAGGCCCCUGGACUACCUGUGCACCCCCAGGUUGCCCCUCAGCAACCUAGCCCGCAGCCGCCCCUCGCCCCCCAGAGUAUGACGCAACAGCACCUAAACCAGCAUAUGCAAUACAAUCGCUACGAAAUUCCUAAUCCCCAACAACAGCCUCAAACCAAGCCAUUCGACACUUUUGGACCACCCGCACAACAGCAACCAGCACCCCAACCUCAAAACCAACCACAACAAUCACAGGUGCAACCACCUCACAGUCAACCUCAAACCUACACUGGCUAUGCUUACUCCCAAUUGCAGCCUCAUCAACAGCCUUCGCAUAUUAGUGUAGGUCUUUCAACAACCCCAGACCACCAGUACAAUAACUACUACGAUCGCACCCAGCCUCCUGGAUUUGGAAAUCUUUAUAACUCCACUUACAUGCAGCAAGGUCAGUCUCAGCAAGAUGCUGGCGCAAACCAACAACGUGCUUCAAGCGGUCUUGGUGGUGCUGGAGAAGCUCUUGGUCAAGUUCCCACCUCAGCGCCUGUGUCCGGCCAAGUACAGCAACCCACUUCAAGAUACGGCGCGCAGACCGGGGAGCAAUCUAGUGGGCAUGGAACUCCAAGCCCAGCAAUCACUGCUGCUCAGCAGACAUCUCAGCCCCACCAGCCAGGUCUAGCUCAAUAUCCUGGAGGAAUGCCGUCGUACGGAUACCAGCAGCACCCCUACUACAGUCAAUUUAUGCAUCAGAGUUAUUACAACCACCCCAAUCCUUUCGGAAAGCACCAGGGAAUGUAUGGAUAUCCUCAGGCCUAUAUGUCUCCUCAAUACUCAGAUCAUUCCUCGAGCCCAGCGGGCCUUGGUGGGUUUGGUACACCUUCGACACAGGGUCGUGAAAGUGUUGGACUUGGCGACUACGGUCGCAUGAAUGCAACUGCAUCGCAGCAACAGCAGCAACAGCAGUCACUUCCGCAGCACUCAUCAGCCGGUGCCUACGGUAACAGCAACGCCAUACCAAACUUUCUGGGCAGUCGUGGUUUGCCUGAGCAGCAGCAACUUGGCAGCGGCGUUGGUCAACAACAAGUUACCCAGCAAGCCCAAAACGAUGAUUCUAUGAAGUUUGGUGAAAACAAGCCCCCGACUGGCCCCUCAUCCACCCCGUCGAUCCAAGGACAGCCUGGAAGACCGGGAUCAGCUACCAGUGGCGCAAAUAUGGGGCCACAGCACGGAGCACAGACCCCAGGAAGCAUGUAUGGUGGUACCCAUUUGAACCAUAACUUGCACCAAGCCCAGCAGAGCCAGUAUGGCGUUGGGCAGGGCCAGACUGCUACAAGCCAGUAUUCCAUGUAUGGGCACCCCCAUUACGGACAGUCUACUCAGAGGCACAACAACGCCGGUGGUUGGGGUACUGGGUAUAGUCACUAG